AUGGGGAAAAGGUGUUUGCGCGGACGCACGGAUAUUCUGAAUUGUUCUGUCAACUGUUUGCAAACGUCUUAUUACAAAGUGAUGGAAAGUGAAGGAGACUGUUUUGAAAACAGCGUUCUGGAUUUUGUGAACGAUCUAAGUUUCCUGGAAGUGCCGUUUAGCUCUUCGGCUGAGUUAAGGAAGGGCAAUGUAUCCUCUUUGCGUAUUUUGGAUACUUGUGGUCGCCUUUACGAUAUUACUGAUGGAGCGGACCCGCUGGCAGAAAGCGGCGUGCCUUUCAGCUCGCUGUGCUUGUCGAGCCGCAACCUUCAUUCGGUGAACGGGAGGUCCAAGAGAAAACGCGUGAUCACAUCUGCGCAACGCCAGGCAGCUAACAUCCGUGAGAGGAAAAGGAUGUUCAGCCUAAACGAAGCCUUCGAUAAACUGCGAAAGAAAGUCCCCACUUUCGCCUAUGAAAAAAGACUCUCAAGAAUCGAGACUCUCCGCCUUGCUAUCAUAUACAUCUCCUUUAUGACAGACCUUUUAAACCAGAACAGAGAAAGCGAAACCAAGACUGGUGCUGCAGAUAAGAAAAUACUGAUGCAAAAAAUCGAGUAA